GUAAAUAAAUAAUAAAUAAUAAAUAAUGAAUAAUAAAUAAUGAAUAAUGAAUAAGAAACCAUCCGAUGCACGGGCCUGCCAUCCGCACGGGGUUUAGCGCCCGAGAUCGGCUACGGGCAGCCAGACGCGCCAUUCCCGUCAAUUCUUCUUCUUUCUCUCUGUCGGUCUGUCUUUCAUCUUUUGCUUCUUUCUGUUCGAAGGACAACGGCCAAUGGUCUGGACAUGCACAAUACCCUCAUCCCCCCUGCCCUGUCUGACUUUCUCCCUCCCCCCUAUUUCCUGUACUAAUCCCCACUGGCAACAGAAAACGUCCUCGAUGAUGUCAGGGCCAAAAAGACCCAAAAAGCGGAGGGGCUCCACCGCCGUGAUUGGCUCUUGGCGACAGUCGAUGGACGCAUGGAAUGGAGGCAAAUGCAGCCGGCGUCUGUCCGCAAGGGCCGAUCAGGGAGUUCUGGAAUGGGAGCGACGGGCGUUGUGUUAUGGGAUUGGACUGGACGGGCCUGGACGGGAGGAUUCAGGUGAAUGACUCGGGUCUGCUGGACGGUCACUUCGCCACCGUCUCUGC